AUGGCGGCCCCAGACGAUAUGAAGGUCGACCAGCCCGAACAGGCCAUCGAUGAGGGUCUCUACAGUCGACAGCUCUAUGUGCUCGGUCACGAUGCCAUGAAGCGCAUGGCUGCCAGCAACGUCCUUGUCGUCGGUCUCCGCGGUCUCGGUGCCGAAAUUGCCAAGAACGUCGCACUCGCCGGUGUCAAGACCAUCACCAUCUUCGAUCCUACCCCUGUCUCCAUCUCGGACCUCAGCACACAGUUCUUCCUCCGACCAGAAGAUGUCUCGUCCGGCGUUCGCAGGGAUCACGCCACACAGCCUCGUCUCGCCGAGCUCAACACGUACGUGCCCAUCCGCGUCCUUGAAGCGACCGAGCUCAACCAGGAUGUCCUCUCCCGCUUCCAGGUCGUCGUCAUGACCGAUUCUCUCUAUGGCGAGCAGCUUCGCAUCAACGACAUCACCCACGGCUCUUCCACCCACUUCAUCUCGGCAGAGGUACGUGGUCUCUUUGGUUCAGUCUUCAACGACUUUGGGCCCAAGUUUUUGUGCAACGAUCCCACCGGCGAGCAGCCUCUGUCCGGCAUGAUCGUGUCCAUUGCCAGCGAGGACGAAGAGGGUCUCGUCACCACGCUCGAUGAGACAAGGCAUGGGCUCGAGGAUGGCGAUUACGUCUCUUUCACAGAAGUGCAGGGAAUGGAAGCGCUCAACAACAGUCAGCCACGCAAAGUCAGCGUCAAGGGCCCUUACACGUUCACUAUCGGCAGCACCAAGGGUCUCGGCGAGUAUAAGCGAGGCGGCAUCUUCAAGCAGGUCAAGAUGCCCAAGGAGAUCGCCUUCAAGUCGCUGCGGGAGAGCGAGAAGCAGCCCGAAUUCCUCAUCGCCGACUUUGCCAAAUUCGAUCGCCCUGCCGCGCUUCACGCCGGCUUCCAGGCGCUGUCGCAGUUCCAGCAGAAGAACGGUCGAUUGCCCGGGCCUCGAAACGCGCAAGACGCCGAUCAGCUGCUCGAGCUCACCAAGCAGAUCGUUCAGGCUUCCGGUCAGGAUGCGGCCGAUCUGCCCGAAAAGGUGAUCCGCGAGCUCUCCUUCCAGGCCACGGGUGAUCUGUCUCCGAUGGUCGCAUACGUCGGCGGCUUUGUGGCGCAGGAAGUGCUCAAGGCGUGCUCCGGCAAAUUCCACCCUCUCGUUCAGCACCUCUACGUCGACUCGCUCGAAUCGCUGCCGGACAAUGUGGAGAGCCUUCCCGAGAGCGAGUUCGCGCCUGUCAACUCGAGGUACGACGGUCAGAUCGCCGUUUUUGGUCGCAGCUUCCAGCAGAAGAUCGCCAACACACGCCAGUUCCUCGUAGGCUCUGGUGCUAUCGGAUGCGAGAUGCUCAAGAAUUGGAGCAUGAUGGGUCUCGGCAGCGGUCCCGAAGGUGCCAUCCACGUCACCGAUAUGGACACGAUCGAAAAGUCGAACCUCAACCGACAGUUCCUCUUCCGCUCCAAGGAUGUGGGCCACUUCAAGGCUGACACGGCAGCUGCCGCGGUGGCCGAAAUGAACCCGGAUCUCAAGGGCAAGAUCCACAGCCACCAGAACCGCGUCGGACCCGAGACCGAGGAUGUGUACGGCGACGAGUUCUUCGCCUCGCUCACCGGCGUCACCAACGCGUUGGACAACGUGCAGGCGCGUCAGUACAUGGACCGUCGCUGCGUGUACUACGAGAAGCCGUUGCUCGAGUCGGGCACGCUGGGCACCAAGGCCAACACGCAGGUGGUGGUGCCGCACCUCACCGAGUCCUACUCGUCCUCGCAGGAUCCUCCGGAGAAGUCGAUUCCGGUGUGCACGCUCAAGAACUUCCCCAACGCGAUCGAGCACACGAUCCAGUGGGCGCGCGAGCAGUUUGACGAGUAUUUCCUCAAGCCCGCCGAGAACGUGAACCAGUACCUCUCGCAGCCGGACUACAUCGAGACGACGCUCAAGUCGGGCUCGGGUGCCAAGGAGCAGCUGGAUCAGAUCAAGCAGUACCUCGUCGACGAGCGACCCAAGUCGUUCGAGCAGUGCAUCUACUGGGCGCGCAUGCGAUUUGAGGAAAAUUACAGCAACACCAUCCGUCAGCUGCUGCACUCGCUGCCCGCCGAUGCGGUCACUUCGAGCGGCCAACCGUUCUGGUCGGGACCGAAGCGCGCACCUAAGCCGCUGACGUUUGAUGUCGAGGACCCGAUGCACCUCGAGUACGUGAUGAGCGCUGCGCUGCUGCACGCCGAGAACUACGGGCUGAAGGGCGAGGCGGACGCGGCGCUGUUCCGCAAGGUGCUGUCGUCGAUGCAGGUGCCCGAGUUUGUGCCCAAGGACAACGUCAAGAUCCAGACGAACGAGAACGAGGCGGCGGCGGCGGCGAACAGCAGCAGCAAUGCUGAUGGCGGCGACCUGACGGACGUGACGAGCAGCUUGCCCGAGGCUUCCUCGCUUGCCGGCGUGCGUCUGCAGCCGAUCGAGAUGGAGAAGGACGACGACACGAACCACCACAUGGACUUUAUCACUGCGGCAUCCAACCUGCGUGCGACCAACUACGGCAUCUCGCCGGCGGACAAGCACCAGACCAAGGGUAUCGCGGGCAAGAUCAUCCCGGCGAUUGCCACGACGACGGCGCUGGCGACGGGACUGGUCAACUUGGAGCUGUACAAGCUGCUGGACGAGAAGAAGACGCUCGAGGCGUACUCGAACGCCUUCGUGAACCUCGCGUUGCCGUUCAUCGCGUUCAGCGACCCGAUCGCAGCGCAGAAGCUCAAGUACAACGAUACCGAGUGGACACUGUGGUCUCGGUUCAAGGUGGAGCAGGAUGUGACGCUGCAGGAGUUUUUGGACCUGUUCAAGGACAAGCACGGGCUGGAGGUGUCGAUGCUGAGCUCGGGCGUGUCGAUGCUGUUUUCGGCGUUCCUGCCGGCCAAGAAGAGGGAGGAGAGGCUCAAGAUGAAGAUGAGCACGUUGAUCGAGACGGUCUCCAAGAAGCCGAUUCCGAAGCACGCGCAGUGGGUGAUUGUCGAGAUCAUGGCGGAUGACUUGGAGGGAGAGGAUGUCGAGGUGCCGUUCGUGGUAGUCAAGGUCAAGUGA